GCAGAUCUAGCGGUGGUGUGGCGGCUGCUACGAGCUGAUUUACAGUUUACAGGAUUAAAUGGCCACCAGAAAGCUCUAAAACAGGAGGCAGGAGGAUGUCUGUGGAGGUGGACUUGUUGCUGCAGGAGGCGAAAGAAAGCAUUGAGGCUGCCCAAAACUACCGCAGUGAACUCCAGCAGCGCCUGCAUGGCCUGAACCAGGCCCGCAAACAGGUCCGGGGCAGCUCGGGUCAGGCCCGCGAGGCUCUCCGGCGGCACUUCACGGAGCUGCAGGCGGCAGCGACUCGGCUGCUGACGGAGCGAUUGGCCACCCUGCUGGCCGAGGUUGACGCCAUAGAGGCGGACAGCGUCAAACCACUAGAUGACUGCCAGAGCCUCAUUGAGCACGGAGUGGGCCAGGCCGACGAGCUGCUGAGAGAGGGGGAAGCAGCUCUGCGUUGUGGUCUCGGGGAGAAGGAGGACAAACUGGGCAGUUUCACCAAGAAGGCCAUGCACAUUCAACUGGACAGCUUACCAGAGGUCCCAGCGUUGGUGGACGUGCCGUGUGUUUCAGCCCAGCUGGACGACUCCCUGCUGGGUCUGCUGAGGGACCGGGUGUCCCGCCUCGGCUCUGUCUCCUCCCACCCGCCCGUCCAGAUAGAAGAGCUGCAGGAGAGGCCGGGCAGCAUCUUGGUCCGCUGGUGUAAGGUGGAUGAGGACUUUGCAGCAGCAGACUACCGGCUGCAGUACCGGCGUUCUGGCAGCGGGGGGAGCCAGUACGAAGACGCCUACAUUGGACGGGACUUCGAGUUCCUGGUUCUUCACCUUGACCCUCACACUGAUUAUCUGUUUAAGGUCUGCGCCCGUGGGGAGGGUCGCACUGAGUGGAGCCCCUGGAGCAUCCCACAGACGGGAUACACCACACUCGCACCGCAUGAGUGGUGUCCAGGCACUGAGGGCUACAUCCUGAGCAGCAGGAGAAACAUCGCUCUGCGCAGUGACUCGUCUCAGUCACGCUGCCCCGUCCUCUACUCCAAAGCACCCACCUACUUCUGUGGUCAGACACUCACCUUCAAGAUUUCUGCAGCAGGUCAGAUAGAUCGGAGGGACAGUUUGGGCGUGUGCGUGGACAGUGACAAGGGGGCAGAGUCACUUCAGAGAGACCAGGCCGUCUGCAUUUCAACCAACGGUGCUGUAUUUGUUAACGGCAAAGAGAUGACCAAUCAGCUUCCUGCCAUCACUGUGGGCUCUGCCGUGACCUUCGACAUGGAGGUGGUGAACCUGUUUCCCGUCAGCAACAACAACGUGAGCGAAGGGGGCAACUUCAAGCUGAGGGUGACCAUCGGCUCAGGGAAUCGGGAGGUGGUGUUUGAUUGGCUGGUAGACCAGGCAGUGGACUGCCUCUUCUUUGGUUGUUCCUUUGUCCACUCCGGCUGGAAGGUGCUCGUGUUUUAAUGGAUCCUUUAAUCUGCUUGAGUUCAGGAGGCUGUCAUUACACAGGCUCAGUUAUUUCCAGUUUAAACAUCGCUCCACUGUACAGCUGAUCAUCACCCAACAAUGAUCCAGCUCUUCUUCAGUCUUCAGGGAGCUGAGUCGGAGAAAUCAUUUUUGUGUUUGUGACAGCUUCUUGGCUAUUAGUUUGAUUCUCGGGCCUUCUUAAGAGGUUGCCUAUUGUUUACAGCUUUCUUUUUUUAUGUGGCAUCUUCCCUCGCUGUGGGGAAGAAUAUCAGCACCGUCUUAAUUUAGUUAGUUAGUUAGUUUGACACCCGUUGUCCCUGUCAGGAAACACACACACUUUUCGUAGGAGGCCACAAGAUAUUAAGUUUUUAUAUUUUGUUCUAUUGGAGCAGCAGGAGAGCAGGAACAAAUCUUACAAUCUACUAAACCUGCAGCUCUUUUUUAUUUGUUUAUCUUGAAAUAACCUGUCACUGUGAAAAUUACACCUCCUCUUUAUUUUUUUAUGUCUUCUGAACAGAUUUGUCAGAAGUUUAAAGGGACAGUUCAACAAAAACACAAAGCCUGAGUGUAAUCUGUCUGGAGAUUUUGGGUGAAUUUCUCAGACGUUUGGAGAACCACAGUAACAGCACAUGAAAAUCAGUGGGAGGCAGAAAGUUUGUUUUGAGGCAGUUUGGGCGAAAACAAGCCCUAAAAUGGCAGGAUAAAAUCAUGUCCCAUCUAAUACGACUGGGUAAUCUCUUUGUUCUGAGAGGAAAGUUGCUGUACUGUUUACCGAAUGAGCCAUGGUUUCCGUUUUUCACAGCUUCAUACUUUCGUUAGUUUGGCUUGCUUGCAGGUAUGCAGCACUGUGACUUGCCUGACAUCUGAGCCAUUCACAAGCUUGAGAAAUGAGUGUAAAAAAAAAAAGGCGACUGUUGACAAUCACAGCAGAGGCCAAAAAUUUCAGAUAUUUUCAACUAGCUGAAACAAGUUCUGUGCUGCCUGUUGCCCCCAAAACUCUGAAAAGCAACGUCUCUUUAAAUGUAAUGACACUGAUCCUUUCAACAGUCACCCUGUUAUUUAUCUGUUUAUCUUUAGAUCAUGACUUAAGUAUGCCAUUAUCUUAACAUACUUAAGUAGUCAAGUUUCUUAUUGUCAUUGUAUAAAAAAAACCAAUGAAAACCGCAUAGCAUUUUCCUGAGCCAGACAGUGCAAAUAAAAGAUGACAGCAUUAAUGAACAUAAAAUAGAAUAAAUUGUUUCCAAAAAUAAAAUACAUGUCAAGAAGAUAGUCAAAGCCUCAAAAAUAGAAUUAAGAAGAAUGAUCAGGGAUAAAAUAAAUAGGAUUUUAGAAAAUAAAAUAAAAUUUCAGAAAAUAUAUUGGGUUUUUGUAAUCACGACUCCCUAUUUUUUGAAUGUUGCUCACACAUUUUUUUUUAUAUAUCUAACAGAUAUGAUGUAAUAUGACUGAGAUGAGUGACUCAAUGAUGAAAUAAAAAGGACACAGUGAGACAAUGACACAUGUUGAGAUAAUGAAUCACUAUCUUUAAAUGACAAAUUCAAAAAGGGACGUUGCUCUUGAGUUUUGCCAUUUUUAGCUCCAGGCUUAAGAAAUGAACUCUGUUUUUGGCUGAACUGUUACCUUAAAAAUGAUGGAGCUGUUACUUUGAAUUAUUUUAUCUUUUUGCAUUGACAAUCCUAACAGUAUUUACAAAACCUGCCACUGUAGUGGGAGGUUGACAGUUAGCAUGUUAGCUGCAAGUAUGCACACAGUGUGGCUCAUCAUUACUGUAUGUCGCUGCUGUUAAUUAAUGUGAGGACCUGAGUUCACCUCCUCUGUCGAAAUGUUGAUAAAAAUUUGGUGAGGAAGAUGUUUGACCUGAGCAAAAAAAGGUCUUGAUAAAGCAGCAAAUCAGACAGGAAGUUGUAGUUCGUCUCUUAUAUUGAAAACUAAUUUUGUGGAAUAUUUUAACUGCUUCUACCCAAGAAUGUCCUAUUUUGUCCAUCCAGCAGUCAAAAAAACAAGUUAGCAAUAAUCUGUAAAUUUGUUAAUAAUAAUGUGCAAGAGUAAAGCAACAAAUCUUCGCAUCUGAUAAGCCAAAACCAGAAAAUAUGUGACAAUUUUAUUUGAAAAAUGUAUUUACGCUGAUUAAUCAAUCAUCAAAAUUAAUUGACUAGUCUUUUCAGGUGUUGUUGGUAUAAAAAUCUAAUUAGCAUCAGUUUCCAUCGGGCGAACUGCGGCUCAAAAACUUUUUCUCUGUUGUAGAGAUCUUGUUUUUUUCACAACAAUAAAAUCUCAUGAUAGAGGCAUGUUGUUUUAAAGGGCCGGUUUGACAUUUUGGUAUAAGCAAAUUGUUUUUACAUUCUUGCUUUUGUGCAAAUAAAACAAAUGAAAUACAUCAUGCAAAUCAAUGAGUUUUAUAGGUAUUGCUCCAGCUCUGUGCUUAAAACAAGGCUUGGGCGAGACCUAAGUUGCCCCCGGGAAGCUAGUACACUUUCAGCUUUUCUAAAAAAUAAAUACACAAUAGAAACCCACAAAAUGUUAAUAGCAAAGUUAUUUUCUCACACCUAUUGUCCUUAUUAAACAGAGAAAUGCAACUAUACACCUUUUGAAUUCAACCUUCUCUUGGCCACAGAAGACUGAAAAAGCUUGAUUGCCUCAUUAACUCAUCAUAAAACACACUUUAUUCAAACUCACAAAAUAAAACUCACCAAUACUGUCUUGUUUACUCUUGCUAUUAAUCUGGUUAGUAAGUCCACUGUUUCAACAAUCACCAGCUCUGGUCUAGUCGAAAUAAAAACUUAAUUCACCAAGUUAGAAGUAAAAAUCACGCUGUUUUUUCCCUAUGUCAUUGCUGGCCGCCAGCUAUUUACAGUCCUGUAACUUCUCCUGCACAGCACGCACCGCCCUGGUGGUGCGUGCUAUGCACUACUUAUCAGUUUAAUAGAAAGAGGAGCGCCUGUAUUGAAAGACAUACCUUGGGGAUUUUUAAAUACUCUGGUAUACCUUAAUACUGUGAUACUGCCCAUGCCUACUUAAAACACAAACUUGGGAGUAGUAUCAAUUGUCUCACCUCAUUCUCAGCAAGAAAACAAAUAUAUAUAUAUUUCCCAAAAUCUUAAAAAUAGUCCAUUAACAAUAGAGUUGUUAAAGUUUGUGGUAUCACGUACUUUUUAGAAACAAGGAGCGUCUUUAACUCUGGUACAUCAGGAUGUCCCAUCACAGCUGUCUAUUAAUAUUUAUGUUCAUGAAUGUAUUUGCUGCCGUCAGUUUUAUUUUUAAUUUUUUGGUCGGUCUGGUAGAGUGAAGGCCUUCUACAAUGAUGCUGCAACAGUUAUUUGAAAAAUCUGAUUCUAACAAUCUUAAUGUCAAGACAACAUAUCAGCUUUUCUGAUUUUGUUUUUCUGCAAGAACAGUGUCAUCAAGAAGCAACUCUGAAGAAAUUCUUGUGUUCUUGAUGCUGCUUCUUCUGCCUUUUAUAUGAUAUGAUGUUUUUGGUUUUUUUUUUUAUCCCUUGUGCCGAUUUAAAAUGAGAAUUAAUAUCAGUGGAUGUUUGUCCUGCACACACAGUGGACUGUUAACAUUUUCAACCACUGACUUUUAACCAACCAACAUCUCUUCUUCUUCAGCUCUCUGACCGACGUUCUUCAGAGAUGUUUCUAUGUUUUUCAGCUGAUCUUAGGUCAGUGUUUUGUCUAUGUGGAGGACACUGGGUGGGUCCAGUUGAUGGUACAGACUUCCUGAAACCAGUGAACAGAAAACUUACUGUGUCGUUUUCCUGCUUGAUGAAGAGCUAACUGGCGUUUGAGUCAGACAGAGGCAAACUGUGCGUUUCAAAGUGUUUGACGGUGAAAACAGUGACAUCAGCUGGUCAAACUGUUGCAUUGUAUUUGUUCUCAAUGCUGAUAUCUUGGAUAUUUUGUUCAAUAAAGGUCAAUUUAUGUAAACUGAA